AGGAACAGUAGAAUGUAAAGUGAACAGUUGUCUUUAUUGAUGAACAGUGAAUAUAUAUAUAUACAAGCCCCCGAUGGGGCAGUUCCCAGAGUGGAGACCCGCUCCCACGAUCCCCAUAUCCGUGCCAGGAAGAGUAGGAGCGUGAGAGAGGAAACCGUCAUUAGCAGUUGCUAAUUGUCCACUAAUUGAUCACUUAGAAUAUUAAGAAUAUUCUUAACACCCCUACUGCCAUCGCACUCGCAUCUCUCGUUCUCGUCCCGUCACGCGCAUCGGAAGAGUCACGGGCACGGCUGGCCGCCGUUAAACAUCUUGCAUCCACCGAUCCAGCACAUCUCUCUCACCCUGCGCGCGAGAAGAGCAGGGCUGGGCGCAUCCACCGCCGCAAUGCCGUUCUUGAGCCCCCUGGGUGGCGAAGACGCGGACGACUUCUACUUCGGCUACGACGCCGGGUACCACCGCAGCGGCGGCGCAGGCAAGAGCGCCAAGAAGGAGGAGAAGAAGGAGAAGGGCUUCCUCUCCUGCCUCCCCUGCUUCAUCCCCUGCUCCCCCGGCGCUUCCGACCCCAUGGCGCACCGCCGCCUCCUGUCGUCGGACUCAAGCGACAGCGACAACGCGGCCGCCAUGGACAUCACCGCCGACCUCUCCCGCCUCCGCGAGCGCUACUCCCGCCUGGCCGCCGGCCCGCCCGUCCGCCCCCGCGACGUCCCCGGCCUGGUGGCGCGCCCCGACGACCCGCCGCUCGCCGUGUCCGCGCUCUCCUGGCUCGGCGGGGACCUCCGCCCGUCCUGCAUGCUCCUGGCCCUGCUGCCCGCGCUGUUCCCGUCCCUCCCCGCGCACGCUCGCCACGCGCUCUCCGCCGCGGCCCGCCGCCUGAGCGCCCGCGAGGCCGCGCUGGACGGCGAGGUGGCCGAGUACCAGUCCACCUACGCCAUGAAGCUGGCGUGCGAGAAGACCAAGGACCGCGUCGCCGAGACGGCCGCCGAGGAGAUGUGCAAGAUGGCGCGCGCCGCGCGCAGGGCCGACAAGCUGCGGUGGCGCGCCGUGGAGGCCGCCGCCAGGGAGGUGCUCGCGCCGGCGCAGGCGAAGGAGUUCCUCAAGGCCGUCGAGGACGUGUCGGGCAAGGUGGCGCGGCACGGCGCCCGGUGGCACGCGCGCGCCGGGACGCUCACGGUGCCCGUCGAGGCGUUCGAGCGCUUGCGCACCAACGCCAGAGCGGCUGCGGACGAUGCCUGGUGAGGUGAGCUCUCUUCUGGCGAUGCCAGAUUGAGCCAUCUUCUUCUGCAGAAUUCACCCUGUUCUGGUCAUGGCUUGGUACGGCUUACUAUGACUUGGAUUGCGUCAGAAUUAGAUGGAACGAUCGAAUGUACCUUGGUAUGGUAACUGCGAGGUUAAUUGGAUAUACUCUAACCUGAAAUAUGCAAUGAAAUACUAUCGAAAUUCACUUUGCCAA